AUGAAGCUCGCUGUUGCAUGCCUGCUGUCCCUAUUGGCCGCCGUAGCCGCCCGCUCGGCCUACCAGUUCUCCGACGGCUACCUGGAAAUCCUCGGAGGGGAGCCCAACCAGGUGUUUGACUGCGCAGGACGCUCCUACGGUUACUACGCCGACGUGGCCAACGACUGCCGCAUCUUCCACGUCUGUGUCCCUGUUUCCAACGAAGAAGGGGAAGUCGUCGACAUGGCCCAGUUCUCCUUCUUCUGCGGCAACCAGACGGUCUUCAGCCAAGAGUCCCUCACCUGCGCCCACCCGGAGGAAGCCCUUCCCUGCACGGAGGCGGAGGGCCUCUUCGACGUCUCCAACGCCGACUUUGGGAAGAUUCCAGACGACGUCGCAGUAUAA